AUGGCCCCAUAUUCGCCCACUGCUGCACCAAUGUUCCAGCUCAGCUCCGACAGCCAGAUGGCAUUCUAUCUCAAGCAAGUCAUGGCGCUCUCCAACACCGGUGGUGCGAACAGUGCUCAGGUCUUGCGUAUCGCCACUCAGUUGGUACCACACGACUUCGAGUCGACCUAUAACGCCUUCUACGACAUGGCAGAACGGGUCAAUGCCAUAGCUAGCAGCAUUGACAGCGAGGUCGAUCCUGUCGGUGCACGUGAGCACUACUUUCAUGCUGCUACCUACUAUAGAGGAAGCGUCUUCUUCUUGAUAGGCAACCAAUCCGACCGUCGACUCGCAAGUGUUUGGGAUCAAGCUUUGACGGCCUUCAACAAAGCCAACGCGCUCCUGUCUAUACCUGGUCAGCGUAUAACGCUCAACACGCACAGCGAUGAUCUUGGCGAUUACGAGAUCGUGGGCAUCUUCUACAAAGCAAAGUCGUCCCAACGCAAGCUCCCGACCAUUAUCGUCGUGGACGGCUACGAUGCCUCUCAAGAACAGCUAUAUCACCAGACAUGUACGGAGAUUCUGAGCCGGGGCGUCAAUUGUCUCCUGCUCAAAGGUCCUGGUCAGCCGACGGUCCUGAAAGACCAACACCUUGGAUUCACACCAGAAUGGUGGACAGCUACCAGUCCCGCAGUCGAUUGGCUGUACGAGCGCCCCGACGUUGAUUUGAAGCGUAUUGCUUUACUGGGAUUCUCGUACGGUGCCACGCUGGCACCCAUCGCUGCCGCGCGAGACAACCGUUACUCUGCUGUGAUCGCGCUCGAUGGCCUGAUCAACCUCCGCACAGCCAUCGAGGAUCAGUGGCCGGCCGAGCUUACGGCUCUUUACAAUGCUGGAAAUGCUACCGCCUUCGACGCCGUGGUCAAGUCGAUUCAGCAGAAUGCGACAAACCCAAGUAACUUACGCUGGGUCAUUGAUGAGUCCCUCUACGCCUUUCAGACGAACAGCCCAUAUGAGUGGUUUACCCGCAUGAACAACAUUACCAUGAGUCCAGCUGUCGUCAGGAAUCUGAGCAUGCCGGUAUUCGUCGCGAGAGGGGAGAACGAUGAUCUGGUAGGUAGUCAGGGGUUAUUGGCUUACGAUUCCCUGGUUGAGAACAGAGCCAACGGGCAGAAUCUGACCAUAUUUCAUCAAUUCAAUACUAGCCUUGGUGCAGGAGAGCAUUGUUCUAUAGGAGCAGACGCUGAGCUGUGGAGCACGCUCAUGCAGUGGCUCAGUGGUGUCUGGGGCGGAUACAUAUAUGCUGGAUGCUGA